AUGGUGUCUCCCUUUCCGACGGAAAUAUGGUUGGACAUCUUUAAAGGCCUGGCCGAAGAGGGCGAAUACGACACAUUGGAACGAUGCCGAGUGGUGUGCAGAGAAUUCGAGCCGAUGGCGCGGGAGUACCUAAAAAGCCACAUAGUGUUCAAGAGCAUAGAGGAGGUGGAGCGCAUCAAGGUGGACGCUUCAGGCGCUAGUCGGAUGCGGCGCUGGGGUGGGCCGGCGACGGUGCUCAUCAUGGGCUGGCCGCGGGGAGCUAUUCCACAUCUGGCGACGUUUGCGUCUAGGCUCGGAGGAAGAUGGCUUUCCGUUGACACGUUGAAUAUCAUCAGCGCGGUGUGGCGGGCGCGGGAUCUCGAUGCCGACAUCGUCUUUCGCGAUCUCGCCCGGUUCUCCUCGAUCGACCGCCUAUUCCUUGAUCACGUCGCCUUUCCGUCGAUUCUGAUCUUAGGCCGCCUCCUCUGCGCCUUACCCCGCCUCAAGUCCGUCAAUCUCACCAACGUAGAAUUCAAUCAGCAUCCCUUUGAGACUGCCGCCAUCUCUCGCCUCCGUCUUCUACCGAAUAUACAACUGGAAGCGCUCAGCCUGAAUUAUUGGGUCAUCAACGAGGAGCCGAGUCCCUCCUUUGUUGAAUUUGUCGACAUCGUUGCUGCCAUCAGUAACCGCGUAUCUAUCGUUCCUCUUGACGAACUCACGCAUGGGUGUCUAUGGAGCACCGUUCGAUCAUUGCAGCUUUGCAACAUCAUCUUUCCCUCAGGCGCUACAUUUGCCCGUCUCCUUUGCGCCCUUCCCGCACUCGAAGACCUUGAUAUUUCAGGGCCAUGCACGUUUAUGAAACACGAUUUUGACCUCAGAAGUGUUCCUCCGCGCCCUGGUUUACCAGCGCUACUAGCGGCUGUCUCGCUGACAACCGACGGGCGACAGUCCGACUCUCGCUCCGUGGUCGACCUCGUCGACUUCUUCAUAACUACUGGAAUCAGUAGCAACCUUCGAAGCAUUAUGAUUGAACUACCCCCAUCUCUCCGCGUGGCAAGAGAAUUCGAUGCCGCGCUUAGCAGACUCCUCAAACAUUCAGCGCAAUCACUCCACCACCUUUCACUCGACUCAUCCUUACCCUGGUGGAUAUCGAACGACACAGAUCAAUGGUUGCAUGCAGAAUACAGUGCAGCCUCAUGCCUUGACGUUUCUGAGAAUACGUGCCUCAACAGCCUUGACCUCACAGUUCAAGUCACUCCUGAGAAUAUAUCACAUCUAUGUGCACCGGUGGUCGAGAUUCUGUCACAGGUCACGUCCAAGCAUAUGUCCAAGAUUCAAGUGAACUUCAAGUCUUGUUAUCAACCCAGCACAACGCUGUACGUAGAUCUGGGAAAGCUGAUGGAUGGGCUCCGGGUGCUUGAUACGGUCCUCUCCAAGCCAAUCUUCGACGAUCUGACUGACGUUGUCGUGCACGUCGGAACGCUUCGCGGAUCGGAUGUAGGAGAUGAAUACUCGGUGCAUGACCUUCGCUUGUGCUUGCCAACGCUUGAUGCUCGCGGGAUUCUGGGGAUAUCGUUGAAUGACAUCACGAUUGGAAUUCACCGGGAACAAGGUAUCCAUGACUGGAAAGGUCACGCUGUUGAGAGGGUUGAUGCACAGGAUGCUGUGGUAACUAAUGAAGGGACUAGUGCCGACGCUGACGACGUCGGGCGUACGAACGACGCCACAACCGGUGCAAUCCCGCAUGACGACUCGGACGUGGCCCUUGCAGUGUCGUAA